UCCCCAUACAACAGCCUCCACGAGUCCGAAGCACCUGUCCUCCAAUGGAGGACUCAUCCAAGCAACCCCUUCUUCCGCCUAGACACCCUCAAAUCACCGACCAAGCUAGUGACAAUUAUCUUAUCAGAUUAUCACAUACUUCUUUUGCUCCUUCCUUUGUUGCUGAUUCCGAUGAUAUUCCCCCUAUUACUGGAAUCCGAGAUUUCUUCAGAGAGUUUUCUGUUGAAUCUAAGAAAUUAUGGUACCUUGCGGGUCCAGCAAUAUUUACUUCCCUUUGUCAAUACUCUCUUGGUGCUGUCACUCAAACUUUUGCUGGACAUGUCGGGACUCUUGAGCUUGCUGCCGUUUCUGUUGAAAACUCGGUCAUCGCCGGUUUCUCUUUUGGUGUCAUGUUGGGAAUGGGAAGUGCGUUAGAAACAUUAUGUGGACAAGCAUUUGGAGCAGGACAAAUUGACCUGCUAGGAGUAUACAUGCAAAGGUCAUGGGUUAUUCUCAAUACAACAGCAGUAAUUCUAAUGUUAUUUUACAUUUUCGCGGCGCCAUUUCUGAGAUUAAUUGGACAAACAGAGGACAUAUCACGGGAAGCAGGGAAAAUGGCGUUAUAUAUGAUUCCUCAACUUUAUGCAUAUGCCAUGAAUUUUCCAAUCGCCAAGUUCUUGCAGUCACAAAGCAAAAUUAUGGUCAUGGCAUGGAUUGCAGCAAUAGCUUUGGUAUUGCAUAGUUUUUUCAGCUGGUUAUUUAUGCUAAAGCUCGGGUGGGGGCUCGUCGGCGCUGCGGUGGUGCUGAACUCAUCGUGGUGGUUCAUAGUGGUGGCGCAGCUGCUAUAUAUAUUUAAUGGGACUUGUGGACAAGCUUGGUCAGGUUUCUCAUGGAAGGCUUUCCAUAAUCUAUGGGGCUUUGUUAGAUUAUCUCUUGCGUCAGCUGUCAUGUUAUGCCUGGAAGUUUGGUACUUUAUGGCGUUGGUCCUCUUCGCUGGUUAUUUAAAGAACGCAGAAGUCGCUGUUGAUGCCUUGUCCAUUUGUAUGAACAUAUUGGGCUGGGCGGUGAUGGCAGCUAUUGGAUGCAAUGCAGCUAUAAGCGUGAGAGUGUCAAAUGAACUCUGGGCAGCUCAUCCAAGAACGGCUAAAUUUUCAGUGGUAGUGGUGGUAGUAUCCUCAUUCUUGAUUGGCCUUCUUCUAUCGGUGUUUUUACUUGUCUUUCGAAGGCAAUAUCCUACCUUAUUCGCGGAGAGUGAAUCAGUCAAGCAUCUUGUCUAUGAGCUAACACCAUUUCUAGCAUUCUGCAUAGUGGUUAACAAUAUUCAACCUUCUCUAUCUGGUGUGGCAAUUGGAGCAGGAUGGCAAGCUUUGGUUGCUUAUGUCAAUAUUGCUUGUUACUAUUUGUUUGGUAUUCCACUGGGUUUAUUAUUAGGGUAUAAGCUCAAUAUGGGUGUCCAAGGUAUUUGGUAUGGAAUGGUUAGCGGAACUGUGAUUCAAACUUUCGCCUUGUUUUGGAUAGUUUACAAAACCAACUGGAACAAAGAGGCUUCUAUUGCAGCAAAGAGGAUAAAAAUGUGGGGAGGGGAAUCAAAUGGAAAAGCCGAUGAUGCAGAGAAAUGAACUGUGGUUUGGAGUCAUUGCAUUAAGCUCAUCAAAUGUAUAUGAAGAAAUUUUGAAAAUUUAAGUUGCUUAUUGUUCAAUGUAACAGCUAAGUAGUAUUAGUGUUAAUCAUUGUAAGGAACUUUGCCAAAAUUAUUCUCAACUUGAAAGUGGAAAAGACCCUUGAUAAGUUAGCUUUUAGCUAAUUUUUCUAGUGUUUGAAUACAGCUUUAUGCCCCA